UUCCUUUUCUGAACCUCCCUUCUUCAGAUUUCCUUCUCUCAAAAUGGGAUUGAGGUGACAGUUUCUUCAGUGAAGGGGCAGAAAAAGAGUGCAUUUCAGCACCAAGGACAGCCACAGGCUUCGUGGUUUUGGGGGAACAAAUCACAAGACAGUGGCAUAGCAGAGAUGGAAGAACUUCCUGUACCACAUAACAUCAAAAUAAGCAAUAUCACAUGUGACUCAUUCAAGAUUUCAUGGGAAAUGGAUUCAAAAUCAAAGGACCGUAUUACACACUAUUUCAUUGACCUCAAUAAGAAAGAGAACAAGAACUCCAAUAAAUUUAAACACAAGGAUGUUCCAACAAAACUCGUGGCAAAAGCUGUUCCUUUGCCGAUGACUGUACGUGGACACUGGUUUUUGAGCCCAAGAACUGAGUAUACAGUAGCAGUGCAGACUGCCUCAAAACAAGUCGACGGUGAUUAUGUUGUGUCUGAAUGGAGUGAAAUUAUAGAAUUCUGCACAGCAGAUUAUUCAAAAGUUCAUCUCACACAGCUAUUGGAGAAGGCUGAAGUGAUUUCAGGACGAAUGCUUAAAUUUUCUGUUUUUUAUCGUAACCAGCACAAGGAAUAUUUUGACUAUAUUCGAGAACAUCAUGCGAAUGCUAUGCAGCCCGCUGUCAAGGAUAACAGUGGUAGCCAUGGCUCUCCUAUCAGUGGAAAAUUAGAAGGCAUUUUCUUCAGCUGCAGCACUGAAUUCAAUACUGGGAAGCCACCCCAGGAUUCACCUUAUGGAAGAUACAGGUUUGAGAUUGCAGCAGAAAAACUUUUUAACCCCAAUACUAACUUGUACUUUGGGGACUUCUACUGUAUGUACACUGCUUAUCAUUAUGUGAUUCUUGUUAUUGCCCCUGUGGGAUCACCAGGAGAUGAAUUUUGUAAGCAGCGCCUUCCUCAACUAAAUUCCAAGGAUAAUAAAUUUUUGACCUGCACAGAAGAAGAUGGGAUGCUGGUUUACCACCAUGCCCAGGAUGUCAUUUUAGAAGUCAUUUACACUGACCCUGUGGAUCUUUCUCUAGGCACCGUGGCAGAAAUCACUGGUCAUCAGCUCAUGAGCUUGUCUACUGCAAAUGCAAAGAAAGAUCCCAGCUGCAAAACCUGUAAUAUCAGUGUUGGACGUUAAUGCCCAUUUUUCUUAUUCUUAGUCCCUUUUCUUCCCUUAGGAGCUGUUGUCCAUUUUCAUCACCAGAUGUUUUCCAAUGAAGCAUGCACAUGCCGCUAUCACCAAAAGCAAACUGCCACUUUUCAAAUUUCAUUCAGAGCUGUUUUAGUGUUUCCUAUUCCCUAACCUUCCCACUACUUUCAGUGAUGAAAUAGCCUAAGUUGUCCUUCUGACACUCUCUUGCCUAGAUGCUGCAAUGUUUUUAUUUUUCCUUUAUGCCAAACAUAACAAAACAAUUAUGUAAACUGCUUUAGCAAAGUACAAGAUAAUGGUGGCUUAUAAAUGGUGUUUAAAUAUGCACUCAUUUUAAUCUACUGAACAAAUAUUGGGAUAACUCCAAACCGCAUGAAAGGGUGUAAUUGCAGCAUGAGUUAAAUCUUGAAGCCUAGAAUUAUCAGCACUUCCAACAUGUUUGACAGUGUUAUUUAUGUUAUUUAUAUUAGCUAACAGGAAACAACUACUGUGUUUAAACAUAAUAAAUAUAAUAGAAAAAUAUUUUAUUUGUAUUGUUGUAUAAAAUAUUUACAAUCUUAUAGAAUAUAUAGAGUUACAUUUUAAUUGUAUACAUGUCACGAAACCAUUUCCCUUAUCAAAGAUGUAGUUCGUAAACCUCAAAUAGUUGUGUAUGUGUCCUAAGUAGAUGACUUUAAUUAAACAAAUUUAUGAAGGACAUUAUUCUGAUUCCAAAAAGUUAUAAAAUAUCAGGUAAAUACAGAGAAAAUAAUAAUUGCCUCUGAUCUAGUCUGCUUCUGAAAUAGUCAAUAUUCUUCCCAUCCAAACUACAUGAAAAUGUGAAUUUGUUCAACAUCAUGCUUAAACAUUACAGAAAAUAGAAAUACAAACAUGGUUGGUACAAGAGAGAAAAUGUUGACCUUUUACUUAUUAUUACAAAAUCAAAAGUAAUCAACAUGUGGUCUAGUACAAAGUAACAAAACAAUAUACACUAAAGUUGAUGAAGCAAAUAAAGUAUUCUGGCUUCUUGCCAAAGGUGUCAUAGCAAACUAUUUCCAAACCUUUCAUUUUGUACAGAAUGAGGAACAACCGCAGUUAAUGAGAAAGUUUUUUGACUUUACAAAGUAUAGACCUUGAACAUUAAGAAAGACACAUUCCCAAUGGAAAAAUAGUUAUAUAAUUUUAUAGUAAACAAAAAGAUUAGCAAUCAUAACUAUGAUCACAUUAGAUUAUAUACUACAGACACAUCUAUCCAAAAUACCUAUUUUCAAAUUUUAAUACAAUAUUUUAUUUUAAUAUAAAUAUCUGUCAGUUAUAGACAAAGGUAAUUCACAAAGUACAUGCUAUCAGAAUGAACUUUGGUAAUCAGAAAUGUAAAAUUUUAAGUAAAUGAUAAAAUAAUGUGCUAUUUUUAUAUAGAAAUAAAAAAUUAGCAGUGACACAUUCUAGUAUAUUUUAGGGUGCUGAAAGCCUAGCAGACUUACAGGACAAGGUAGUAGAUUUUUUUUAUCACUUAAAAAUCUAUUAGGAGUUUCAAAUAAAUAAAUUACAUUCUUACUAGCUGUAUUCCUUCCUACAUAAAAUAAAGUUUCUUUUCUUCCUCUUACUAAUUUUUAAAAACCACAUUCUUUUCCAUAUGUCAAUAUAAGUAAUCUUUGGACACUAAAUUGACUUUCUCUAACAAGUGGCCCAUUUAAUAGGUGGAUGCUAUAUGUUAUUUAGAUUUGAUAAAAUAGAUUUUUUCUGAAAUAAUUAUACCAAGUUUUUUCCUUGGCAUGGAGAUUGAACUUUAUUUUCCAAUUAUAUUGUUAUUUGUAUCCCCCCCCAUUUUAAUCCCUUCAACUCAUUUAUAAUUACACUUGCCACUCCCUCUUAAAAAUAGCUAAUAAAUUCUACCACUAAAGUGCUUCAAUUUUCAGUUGUCAAAACUACUUAGCAACAAUGGCAGAGGAAAAUAAACUUGACUUAUCUUGGGUAAAAGUGAUCACAAACAUUUCCUGAACCUCAAAUAGUUUUGGCCACAUCUUGCUUGCUGAUGAGGACUUCUAAUAGUCUCAGUUUGGCUUUUAUGUGCUUGUAUUCAUAGUACUCAUCUGCCAUUGGUAUCCUAUCUUCCUUUUGUGGGCUUCUGCAAAAAAAGAAGUGUCCAUUAGUUCAUAAUGAACUAAGUCCUUAAAAAUCAAGUACAGAGUAGCAGUUUCUACUUAGUUUUUACAUCAUAUCUUUUUUUCUCUUCUCUUUCACCUUCAUUCCCUCCUUCUCCCACAUAUUACUAUGUUUCAAUAUAAUAGUACUCUUUGAGAAGUUAAAUAUCAUAGGUAUUGCGCAAAUAUAUAGUCCAGUGUAUGGAUUUACAAUGGUAAGGCAAGGCAAAGGUCUGAUAUGAAAAAACAAAAACAAAAACCAGAACCCUCAUGGUAUUUCUUAUCUAGUCAUCCUCCCAUUACCCAUGCCUGCACAGUUCCACACCUGUGAAGAAUGUUUAACCCUUAUUGUGACAGUUGUUAAAAAUGUCAACCUAAAAGUACUACAGAAUUUAUAUUAUCAGAAAUAACUUACAAAAUUUUGGUAAUAGGAAAAAAAAAAGCUCAGUAGCUACCUUACAAGCAUGAAAUAUGCCUAAGUUUUCUUGUAAUUAUCAUACCUAUCUCUGCUAAUGUAUAGUAGAAUCACUGACAAGUUCCUUUAAAGAAUUUGAGUCUAAAUUGCCAUGGUUCUCCUUGCAUACUAAUUCUACUAAACUAGGCAUAGGAUGAUGCACAUAUUUUUAUACAUUUACAUUUUAAUACUACAUGUUGACAUUUACUUUGAAGAAUAAUUGGAUAGCAUCUGGAGUUAAAAUCAUUUGCCUUCCCUGAAAAAUAUACUACGAGAAUAUGUUUUUUAAAGAACAAUAGUUACUUUAGGAUCUCAGAAGAUUUUCUCCUUAAUUAAUAAAGAUGGCCAAUUGCUUUAAAAAUAUCUUCACGUAUUACUAUGAAAUACAAAGAGUGGGAAAAACACUGAGGAAGUCGCCACAAUCACUACUAAAUAUAACAUAAAUCUUAUCUGAUAUUAGUAUGCCAGAAAAUGGGUAAACAGCCAACAUUUAAUGUUUUACCUAUACCCCUACUAUUUUCCCAGUACUGAUAAAGAUAUAUUUAUAUCUCUUAACAAGUAAAAGAACAGCUAAUCUAUAAAAAUUCCCUAAGAAUGAAAUUAUCUACUUGGGUUGUAAUUCUAUAUUUCUACUUCAGAACUCAAAACAGUACACAAAUCUAUAGAUGAGGUUCCUUUUAAAUGUUGCCUCAAUUAUAUAACAUCGUUCCUUUGCCUCCAUUCUGUGUUCUGAACGAAUCUUAUAACUGGAUGUCUGAAAACCACUUAAAUUGUGCAAACACAUCUAAGUGAAGAAAUGGUCUAGUUUAUAGGGAAAUGUUAAUAACCCAUUGUGCAAUUUUCUAUGGUCCUGCAUAAUCCAUUUUGGCUAAUAAACAAGAAUGCAUUGGCCAGAAUGAAAAUUUUUGCCAAGAAUUUCCUUAGGCAAUUUUCUCAUUAUAUAAAGCAUACUCAAGUGUUUAGCAUAUAGUUCCUGCCUCAUAAGUAUUAAUGCCCUAUCUAUACAGAUAUUCUUCUUGCAAAAUGAAUAUUACCAAGAACAUUUACAGUACCUUAAAAUUUUUAGUAAUCCAUUUGCAUGGUAAUUUUACCUAUGGAAAGUAAACCCUUCCCAAUGAGAUGUUUUAGGAACACAAGAUCUGUACUUCCUAGAUGUUCAACUACUUGAUUUUACUUGUAAUACAGCACCACUCACUUCUGCAUUUAGUUUAAAUGUAUUACCACAAGAGGGCAUAUAACUAUAGUCAAAUAUGAAGUAUAUCUGACAUGGGUUUGGGACUCACAGGUGCACUAGAAUACUAUAUGCAGAACAUAACUAAUGUUCCUGUAUGUCAAAUGGCAUGCUAAGUACCACUACAGACCCAUUAGGCAGGACUACUCAUAUACUGGGAAAUUCUCAAACUCAUUAAAUUCGAAUAGGUUAAAAAAUAUAAAAGUUGUGGCAAAUUUUGUAAAGGAAAAAAAUGAAAGAGAAAAAGAAAACAUUAUAUAUUAUUUCUAAAUUUAACAGCAAUUUCUCACUAGAUAGUUAACAUCAGCAGAAAGGUAAGUAACUUAGACUUAAAGCAAUCAAUGUGAAGAUUCCAGGUAGAAAACUAGGAGGUUAUAUCUAGACUUGCCGAAAACAAAAAGUUUGAUAGGUCCAGUUCUAAUGAACAGCCCUGGAGGACUGAAAUGGAGAGUUACUAAGAGGUGAGUAGACCAAGCUUUUGAGACCAAGCUUGUAGAAAAUAAUCUCUUCUCCAUCAGGGAAACCCUCAGGCUGCUGAAAUCAAAGCAGUUCAGGAAAGGAAGACACCUAGAUGGAGAAGAAUACUCAGAAGCCAGUGUGUCACUGACUUCCUCUUCUGCCACCUUAAUAACUUUGUGACUUUGGGAAACUUACACCCUUUAACAUUUUUUUAGAGGCUGAUUUCCCACCUGACAGUUACUGCUUCCUAAAAUAUCUCAGGAACUCCAAUCAUUUCAUCCUACAACUAUGGAAACAGCCUCAAGACAGCUAAGUGGCUUAUCUCUGUCUCUUCCAGAAGUAGAUAAAUAACCCUUAUUUCAUUUUAUACACACUCACAUAUGUAUAUACAUAUACACACACAUAUUCACAUACAUAAAUUUUGUUGAUGAUACACCACAAUUUAGAAGAAACUGAUGCAGUGCAUAGAGAGAUUUGCGUUGACAUAGAAAAAUAGAGGACAAAUAGAGGAUAUAGCUAAACAUUUCUUUAAGGACAGAAUAGCUAUGAAAUUUUGACUGAAUCCUAAAAUAAAAUAAUAAGGCCAUAUCCUGAAGCUUAAAGAAUAUAUUUAAAGCAAAUGAAUAAUCAUUUAAUAGAGUAGGAAAUAACUUGUGAAACUAAGUGAACAAGAACAAAGAAAUUAUAUAAACUGAAAAAUCAGAUUUUUUAAGGCUUAGGUAAAUUCAAUAGUUAUAUUGAGAUUUAUUAUGUAAAGUUAAGGAUUUGGAGAGUUAAUCUUUUAUUUUAAAAACUUGAUAUCAUGGAGUUCUCUAAUGGUCCAGCUGGUUAAGGACAAUGUCGUUGCUGCAGUGGCAUGGGUCAAUGCUGUAGCGCAGGUUGGAUCCCUGGCCCAGGAACUUCCACAUGCCACAGGCUUGGCCAAAAAAAAAAAAAAAAAAAGAUGUUUAAAAAAAUAAAUAAAAUAAAAACUUGAUGUCUCAUACUUGAUAAGCUACAGCCUCCCAUAAAACAUACCCAACAAUGGCACAAUCAGAAUGUUGCAUUAGACAAACUCUGGGUCUAAGUCACUGUGGAAAUUAUUUAUGUCUUGUAUAAAGUCACCGUGCCUGCAAAAAAUUGUAAUUCACUCUUAACAGUAGUUCUCUAGGAAGUAUUAGCUUAAGAAAUAUCUCCGCCCACACUUACCUUCCUGUUUGUUUAAAAAACUGUUCCUCAAAUUCUCUUAAGGCUUUCCGAAGUCUCUUCUUGUCAGCUCUUGUUUCUCGGAGAUGGUCAAGAAGUACAGGCCUGUAUCAGAUACCAUGUAUAUUUGCCAUUACUGAGUUCUGGCAUACUUGAGAGAUCAUUUAAGUAGAGUUACCUAUUUAGCAUAAGCUUAUGAUACAGAAGUGUUCCGCCUAAAAGAUGUCUUUGGAAUAAAUAUGACACUUGUAGAGCCUAUCAUAGGGAAGCACAUCACAAAGGAAAUUACUUGAUUGAAAAUGUCAUAGGGAAAGGGAAAGGAUCAACAAGAGGCACAUGGACCGAGUCCGUUAUACAAAGUGGUAAGGAUAAAGGCUAUGUGAAUGCAUGAAGGAGAGACAGACAUUUUGGAGGAAUAUUCAUCAGUAUUUGGUGAUAGACUAAACAUAAAGUCACAAGAGGGAGAUAGUUUAAAGAAAAUUCUGUCACUCAAUCUAGAGGAUAAGGAGAAUGGCAAAACCCUAGGGAAUAAAAAAAAAAAAAAAAACCCAGAGAAAGCUACAGUUAUGGUGCUGAUUCUACUCACUGCAUUCUACUAAGACUAGAGAGAAAAGUCAAAAACUUCAGAGCAGCUGAGGAACUUGUGUCUGGUUUCAGAAACUUUGUGAACUCCCUAAGAUUAUAUAUGGCAUCUUCUAAAAAAAGGUUCCAUUACUUUCAAAAAAGUCUAACACCCCCCAAAAAGUUAAGAACAGCUGCUUUAGAACUGCUAGACAAGGAACAAGGAAUGUAAGGAAGGAAGAAGGGAGGGAGAGAGGAAGGAAGGGAGAAAGGGAGGAGGGAAGAAAAGAGAAGGGAACAAAAAGAAAGGGAAGGAAGAGGAAAGAUUAACAUUCUGCUUCCAAACAGGUCACUCUUCUCUGAGCUGAAAUUGGGGUACCAACUGAUAUAAGCACACUAAAAUCUCAGCUUACAAUUUAGCCCUUGGUCUAGCCGUAUAUUUGUGAGAUUCUAUCCUUUUCUUGGGACAUACAAUUACCACACUAUAAUACCUGUUAAAGAAAAUCUCAAAUCUGGCCUAUAAUACAUAAACCAAAGAAGGUCAAAUGAUCAAGAGGCACGCCUGCUACUGAAUAAUAAUGAUGAUGAUGAUGAUGACGAUAAGCCAAAUAGCUCUUGAUUGAGGGACCAUUAGGUGAAAAAAGUUCAGCUCAUUUAAAGGCCCAGUCUGGAGAAACUUUUAUCCUAAUAAAAUAGAAUAGACUAGGAUAAAGACCCUGAUACCUCUUGACCCAACCCAGGAUCCCAGUUCCUUUUGGUACAGCAUUUUCAAAGGUCAACUCUGCUUAACACACUGUCGAGUAUUAGAUUGGUGCCAGACCCUGCUGAAAAGAUGUGUGACUGUAGCAAAUUUUAGAGAAAUUUGCUCUGCAGAAUUCUGUGUGUACCUAUAAGGUUCCCCAGACCAGAAGGAGUUAAAAGGAGACUCCACACUUAGGAUUUACACUCACAUCGUGGCCUCAUGUAAAUUGGACAUGGAAAGGGCUGGUUGUUUGAUCUCCUUCUUUUCAUCUGGUAGCAGGACCCUAACAGGCUCAGUCUCAUUAGAGUAGGUGAGGUGGUCGUCAGUAGGAACACGGGAUGCUGGAUUUGGCAAAGAAAGUUGUUGGCUUCCCUGUGGACAGUCUUCAUCAGAGUCUUCUUCCUCCUGCUAAUCAUAGGAAGAGUUAAAUAAAAUCACAGAAUGCUAACUGCCUCUUGAGGAAGCAAAAACAGGAAGAGGAACCAUAAAUAGAUGCCACAAAAACAGUAGGUGACCUCUGUGCCUACUGAGAACUAAUAAGGAAGCAACAAAGAAGAACCGUGGCUCAGUUGCAUCCAAAAACUUGCAGAAGUUAAUAAGCAAAGAAGCACCAUUCCUGGCUCAAAUGCUCAUCAAGCUCAGCACUCUCUGUAGGCCAAAGAAGGCACAGAUAUCUAGGAUAUGGCCAAUGUGGGCUGCAUUACCCAGUAGUUCUUCCCUUUACCCAGACCCUCUGGGCCCCAGCUUCAUUAACAGUUAUAAGGGUUAGGAUGAGAUGGACCACAGACUCCUUUAGUCAUCUGAAAAUACCCCAAAUUAAGUCCUGAUGUGGGCCACUUUCAGACACAGUAGAUGCUCAAAAAAUUUACAAAUUCAGGGAAGACCUUUAUGAAGGCCAAAACAAAAUGCAGUUACUCCUUAACCUGUUUUGGUAAUGCCUAUCACAUCCCAAAGAUUUUCUUGCAAGGUAAUCUGAAAAUCAUACCCCAUUUUAAAUUAUGCUUCCUUAAUGGGAAAAUUUCAAAGAAUAUGAAUCACUGUUGUCUUUGUCUUUGGAACUGUGGAAGUAUAAAUGUACUGAAGUAUACUUAAAUUUAUAUUUGUUAAUAUCUUUUUAAUACUGAUAUCCUGAGCAUGUGACUGUUGUGGUAUUGAUGGAGUAGGAUUUGUGGUACUUUUCUAGCUCUGUAUGCCCAUAAAUCAAUCUUUAUUAAAAGUAGUAUAACUCAA